AAAGCAAAAUAAAUUUAGUCAAAAGUGGCCAUUGGGUCUUCCUAAGGCCUUGAACUAUAAAGAUAUAUACAUGCUUCCUUCAAGGCAACCUCCAAUUCUCAUCAGUCCAAACUCUCUUCCCUUAGCUACUUGUAUUUUCUGCCUAUGCCCUGUAAGAAAGAAGGUGAUCAUGGAGCUAGGCCUAAGCUUAGGAGACAAUUCAAGACCUUUCAGCUUCAUGGAAGAGCCUCGUGAAGCUUCCAACCAAUCAGGUUUACAAUUUAACACCACCUUAUCAAUUGGUCCAGUCAUUACUAAACAAAUAGAUCAACAACAAGAACAAGAACUACUAACAGUACAAAGAAACAAACACAAGAGUGACAGCACCACAGAAGAUCAAAAUCAUGAAGCUACAAAUGAAUCCCUUCUUUGUCCUUCUCUCAAAGCCAAUAACAAACUUGAUAUUCUACCUCACUUUUCAUCUGGUGGUACUUCAAGGGGCUUCGACAUGAACAUGCCGGCGGAGGAUGAGGCCGAGGAAGAGGCGGCGCUGUCAUCGUCCCCCAACAUGUUCAGAAGAAAGGGGAGGAGGAGUGAUGAAGAUGAGAACCGUGGCAGAACCAGGAAGAGGCUUAGACUUUCUAAGGAACAAUUUAGUUUCCUUGAAGAAAGCUUCAAAGACCACAACACUCUUAACCCUAAACAAAAGAUUGCUCUUGGGAAACAACUCCAUCUUCACCCUCGCCAAAUAGAAGUAUGGUUUCAAAACAGAAGAGCAAGGACCAAGCUGAAGAAGAUAGAACUUGACUGUAAGUACUUGAAGAAGUGCUGUGACACACUUACAGAAGAGAAUACAAGGCUUCACAAGGAGCUUCAAGAGUUGAGGGCUUUGAAGACUAGUAUUGAUGAUUGAUGAACCAUCCUAAAGCACUGCCAAAACCAUUGAUGAUUGAUGAACCAUCCUAUAUAAAGCCAUUUUGAAUUAAAUUAAUUAGAUUGAAGGUAGUGCUGCUACAUGUUUGUGGGAUUGACUUUGUACAUUGGGAAAGUUUUGAGAUACUAAGAUAUUGUUUAUUAGUCCGUAGGAAUAUAAUUCUGAUAUUUGGGUUUUGUAAUUUUCCGAGUUUUAAUC